AUGGACCACAGAGUCCUGUCAUUCACUUUGCCAAACAUCGUCAGUCUGGGAAGAGGCAAAAACAGUCCCUGCCCCCGCAAACUUACCAGAGCUGUGGCAACUCAAGACCACCUUGAUCUGGUAAAUGGCAAAGCAACACUUAAACUGACUUCUCCCAAGCACAAGGGGCGCUUUACCAGGCGAUGGCUUCCGUCUAGCUUUGUCGGUACACGUCAUCCAACAGCAGUUCAUAGUGUCUGGGCAUGCGCAUUAAGUUCUUUUCCUCAUCUACGGUUGGAAGACAAGCGAACGGUAAGGAAGAUGCUGCACCUUAUUGUGGUCCUGGCCCUGGUCAGUCUGGUCUCAAGUGAAGAGGGGGCCCGUUUGCUUGCCUCUAAAUCCCUGCUGAACCGAUAUGCUGUGGAGGGCCGUGAUCUCACCCUACAGUACAACAUCUACAAUGUUGGCUCCAGUGUUGCUCUGGAGGUGGAGCUUUCAGAUGAUUCUUUUCCCCCUGAAGACUUUGGAAUUGUUUCAGGAAUGUUGAAUGUCAAAUGGGACAGGAUUGCACCAGCCAGCAAUGUCUCUCACACAGUGGUGUUGCGCCCGCUGAAGGCUGGUUACUUUAAUUUCACCUCUGCGUCUGUCAGCUACCUGGCCCAGGAGGGAGGACAAGUCGUGGUUGGCUUCACCAGUGCCCCAGGCCAGGGAGGCAUCCUGGCUCAGAGGGAGUUUGACCGCCGCUUCUCUCCUCAUUAUCUGGACUGGGCUGCAUUUGGUGUAAUGACUCUGCCCUCCAUCGGCAUUCCUCUGCUCCUAUGGUACUCCAGCAAAAGAAAGUACGACUCACCAAAGGCCAAGAAGAACUGAAAAGGCAGUGCUGGGGACGGGGUGGAAAUGGAAGUCAAAGGGUUUAUGGGGCACAGAAUCUCAGAAUAACUUGACCCAUAUUGGGGGUGAAAGUUGAAAGACAAGUACAGUGACCAUGAAACAUGACUGUGAUUUAAUUAAAGAAACAGUGUGAGAAUGAACUUUGGAUCUGGUGAAAUGUUUCAGUUACCAUACGAUGGACAUAAACAUUCAGUACUCAUCUACAGCUAAUGGCAUGAGCUCAAUCAACUGCUUGUAAUUCAUUUAAAGUGCAUUGGAUUCACAUGACAGCACAGUUACACUAACAGUUUCUCCUGUAAUAUUUUUUUUUGUUACAGUUUUGUAAUUGUGUAUGUAAGGAACUCAAUUCAGAUUUCGGAUUCAUAGCCAAUUCUUGAACCGUAAAUAAUGAAUAAAAACAAACUGUUUUUUUUUUUAAA